UAAUCCAUAAUCAACUAAAAGUGCUUAUUAUUUGAAUACCUAGUUGUCAACAAAUUCCUUGUUGGUAAAGUAACAAACAGCAGAUAAUUAUUAAUUAAAUAUAAUUUAUACUAUAUAAUAUGUUACUAAUAUUACAUAUAUACAGGAUGUCAAAUUUGAAAAUUAUCAAUACGAAAAUCUCGUAAAAUGAAAAAGUUUAAAUAAUACCAUUUAUCAAUGUCAAAGGGUACUAAUCGUCGAUUAAUGAUUUCUGCAUAGGAUGGAAAAUAAGAUUACCUCAGUUGAAGAUGGCUGUGUCACUAGUUAUCAAUCUAUUGUCGUUAUAGAUGAACGGUCACAGAGAACUGCUUCCAAAUGGCUUUUUCACAGGCUAAACGAAACGGAAUACACGCUCCGUAUCAUGAAAUUUUCAAUAGAUGGCGAAGGGAGCUGUAAUGAAAAUAUUUAUGCUCUUGUCUCACGCAUGCCUGAUUCCUUCCUUUUCCAACAUGCACUUUUUAGCCGUCUUUCCUUCUCUUCUCAUUUACUAAUCCUGUUUAUUCUGUUUUUGUCCGCCAACGGGAACAGACAGUCGUCGACGAUCUUCAUGUAUACGUUCUUUGUCUUCCAAGCCCAAAAUUUCGUCUGAACUUCAUUAAUAAUAAGCCGUGUUCUUUUCUUUGGAGAUAAAUCGAGGUACUUCCCAAGAAAAUUAUUUCUUUCAGUGAUCGAACCUUCCUUUCCGGUGACAGUGUUGACUUUUGACUGAUCAAAUCAAAAGUAAAGAGAAAGGGGUGCUGUGACAGACUGACAGGUGAUUUUUGUUUUGUUUUGAUACUCUUUCCGGUGAUUUCGUUUGUUUGAUUUUGAAUUUCAUUCGAAAAUGUGAGUGGACUUUUUUGUGGAAAAUUGCCCAGGCGUCCUUUUUCUUCCUUGAAAUGUGAAGUGAUGGCUCGCAGACGCCGACCCCCCGAACUCCUCCGACAGCCGAUAACGGCCUCCUGAACCUCCACCCCCUUUCCCACCCCCAACCGCCGCCGCCGUCAUGGACCACAGCGUGAAGGCGAUGACGUCGAAGGGCGUCGCGACGCGCCUCCUCAACCCUCACCGCUUCGAGAACGACGAGCUGGAGCAGCUCUACCAGCGCUACAACUGCAAGCUGCAGCACGGCAGCGUCGCCGCCGUCGUGGCGCUGUUCGUGCUGCUCACCUUCGCGCUGGCCAAUCUCGGCUUGGUGUAUGCGCAGGCGGCCACCGCGCAGAACGUCUACCACGCCGCGCACUGUCUGCUCUUCGCCAUCUUGCUGGGAUUCCUUCACACCAGAUACAUGCAAGACGCUUACCUGCUGUGGGUCUGCUACGCGGUCCUCUUCUUCCUCGCCACCUUCUGCGCGCUCGCCCUCCCCCUCCACCCGCUCUCCUCCUCCUCUUCUUCCUCUUUUUCUUCUUCUUCCCCGCCGACCCAGUCUGCGUCUGCGCGGGUGGCAGCCGAGGGCGCGUGGCAGGUGGUGUUCGUCGUCUUCCUCGCCUACGCCAUGAUGCCGCUGAGGGCCCACGUGGCGGCGGCCUUCGGGUUGCUGUUGUGCGCCGCCCACGUCGCAGUAGGCGCCGCCGUCGCGACGGACUUCCGGGAUUUGGUGUGGCAACAGUUGAGUGCAAACAUCGUGAUUUUCGUUUGUGUCAACGUCGUGGGAAUAUUUUUGCACAAUUUGAUGGAGCAUGCACAAAGGAAAGCUUUUUUGGACACCCGAAAUUGUAUUGCGGCUAGACUAGAAAUGGAGGACGAGAAUGAGAAAUUGGAGCGGCUGCUAUUGUCGGUGUUGCCACAGCACGUCGCCAUGGAGAUGAAAAACGAUAUCAUUUCUCCGGUCGAAGGUCAAUUCCAUAAAAUCUACAUCCAGAAACACGAGAACGUGAGCAUAUUGUUCGCCGAUAUUGUUGGAUUCACUGUGCUGGCUUCGCAAUGUACUGCCCAAGAAUUGGUGAGGUUGCUGAACGAACUUUUCGGGCGAUUUGACCAACUGGCUAAUGAUAACCACUGCCUCCGGAUCAAAAUCCUCGGCGACUGCUACUACUGCGUGUCCGGGCUGCCGGAACCUCGCUCCGACCACGCCCAUUGCGCUGUAGAGAUGGGCCUCGACAUGAUCGACGCUAUAGCGAGCGUCGUCGAGGCGACCGACGUGCAGCUGAACAUGCGCGUCGGCAUCCAUUCGGGCAGGGUGCUGUGCGGGGUGCUCGGGCUGCGCAAAUGGCAGUACGACGUGUGGUCGAACGACGUCACGCUGGCCAAUAACAUGGAGGCUGGUGGGGAGCCCGGGAGAGUGCAUAUAACUCAAGCUACGUUGGACUACCUAGGAGGGGAAUACGAGGUAGAACCAGGUAAUGGUACCGCCAGGAACCAGUACCUCAGGGAUCACUGCGUCACCACCUACUUCAUAGUACCGCCCGCUAGACGGAGAAAGCCACUGUUGUUCAACACGCUGCAGGUCCGGUCCGCCCUCGGGGCCGCCCAGCGCCGGAAGCUCAGCUUCAAGAACGUGUCCAACGUGGUGGUGCAGCUGCUGCACUCGAUCAAGUACUCCAUGGAGGUGCCGUUCAGCAACAUGGCGCUGCAGACCGACCUGAAGGCGAGCAACGCGCGGAAGAAUAAAGUGACUGAAAAAUUUAAAAGGCCGUUCAAGAAGAGGCAUUCGAGUGUCUACCAUCAGCCAUCCAACAGGGUGAACAAAUAUUUGGCACAGGCGAUCGAAGCUAGAAGUGUGGACAGAGAAAAAUCGACCCACGUGAAUCUCAUCACCCUGUGUUUCAAAGACAGGCAUAAAGAAAACCAGUACCAUGACGAUCUGGACGUUGGCUACAGCUCGACCCUGGUGUGCGCGCUGGUUCUCCUGGUUCUUCUUGGCACCUUGCAGGCGACUGUCCUACCAAGAACCAUCAUCCUGCUCCUCCUGUUCCUAGUCGCUUUCAUCUGGAUAUCCGUCGUUCUGAUGUUGCUGCUGGCGGUGCGACUGCGAUGGAUAUUGUGGGACAUUUCCCAUAGUUUCGUUCUAAGACUGGCUAUCACGGUGUUCACCAUUGUUUUGAUAUAUACUGUUGCGCAGGUUAAUGUGUUCAGCUGCCUUCCUGACACAAAUUGCUUACCUCACUCGACGGCAAACAUCACUCUCGAUGGAAGGGACCACAGGGCAUGUCCUCUGCCUCAAUACAUCGUCCUAUCUUGUGCCCUUGGAUAUUUGGCUGUGGCGAUAUUUUUAAGACUUCCUAUAUUACUUAAGACUGCAUUACUCGUCGUGAUGUCUACUGUUUACAUACUACUCAUCGAACUGUCUCACAUUGAGCUGUUCUUGUGCUAUGAUAUUAGAGUAAGUUCCGUUAUACCAAUACACGUAAUCAGCGUCGUAGAAGUCCUUAUGUUCGUUCUGGCCGUUAUGCUGCACGGUCGACAAGUGGAAUGGACUGCACGACUGGACUUCCUCUGGCAGAUCCAAGCCAACGAAGAGAAGCGAGAAAUGGACGCUUUGCAACACUCGAACAAGAGGAUACUGUUCAAUCUGCUGCCUGCCCACGUGGCUACGCACUUUCUGGAUAACCAGUUCCGUAACAAUAUGAACACUCUAUCACAGGAACUCUAUCACCAGAGCUACUCUCGUGUCGGAGUCGUUUUCGCUUCUAUCACAAACUACCAUGAAUUUUACACCGAACUGGAUGGCAACAACCAGGGUGUCGAGUGCCUGAGACUGCUCAAUGAAAUCAUCGCGGAUUUCGAUGACUUGCUGUCCGAAGAACGAUUCAAAGCUCUAGAUAAGAUCAAAACUGUAGGGUCGACCUACAUGGCUGCUAUCGGAUUGAUGCCAGAUUUGAGGAUUUUGGACGACGACGAGUCCACAGCAGGGAUUCAUCUGAGUACGCUGGUGGAGUUUGUGUUUGCCAUGAGAGAUAGACUUCUGAAUAUCAACGAGAACUCGUACAACAAUUUCAUGCUCAGAGUUGGAAUCAACAUUGGCCCGGUGGUGGCGGGCGUGAUAGGUGCCCGCAAGCCCCAGUACGACAUCUGGGGCAACACUGUCAACGUCGCUAGUCGCAUGGACUCCACCGGCCUGCCCAAUCACACGCAAGUCACCGAGGAGGUGUUCCAGGUGCUGCGCUCCUACCCGUACGAGUUCCAGUGCCGUGGCAAGGUGAAAGUGAAGGGCAAAGGGGACAUGACGACGUACUUCCUGGUGGACAGGAAACAGCCGGGGACGAUGCGGAUCGAGGAGCUGAACAGCAUGAGGGCGAGCGCGAAUAAUUCGAACAACAUAAACAACAUGUACGGCGGCGUGGCCACGCCCCUCGCCCUCCUCCACCACGCCGACCCAGCAAACCACGGCCGCGCCAAGCACCACCCCGCGCCCCUCCCGAUGCGCGACCACGCCCCCAUACGCCUCCCACCUCUGCGCGAGACCGCCGUCCACCUGUUGAGCGGUCCGCCCAUGCGCGAGACCACCGCCCACCUGUUGAGCAGCUGUGAGAACGAGCCGCUGCUGCCUAGCGCGCGUCUCAGCCAGAAGAAGGUAGGGGCGGAGGAGGGGCUGCCGGGCCCGCCCCCGUUGCCGCCCCACAAGAACGGACAGCGGCAGGGCGGUGCCGAGGCGAAGUACAACCCACCGUGGCCCAGGGGACAGCAGGUAGACGGUGCGAAGCCGUAUUUGAAGCCGUUGCCGAGGCCGCCGGGCAAGGAAUCUCCGAAUAGACAUAGGAAACACCACAUGCCGCCUAUUCCGCCCUACCCCCCUCAACCCCACCACCGUACCCCCGAGCGUACGCCCGAACCGCUCCGCCACCAAAUCCACGCGCGUCACAACCCACUCGCGCACGCCCGCCUCUCCCCCCUCCACCACGGCCGUCGACACAGUCCACUGCAGCGCCACUACUCGGACGAGAGUCUGGGCGGGGCGUACAACGCUGGGGGCGGGGCCAAUAAUCCCGCCCAUCGAGUCCAUUCGUCGGCCGACGAGAUCAGCUCGCUGAACCACUCGCCGAGCAUCAGCAGCUCGGACGAGAGCUACAGCAGGACGACGGACGCGGAUGCGAGUCCUUGUGUGUCGCCGCCGCUUCACGGGGGGGAUGCGCAGCAGUUUCUCUUUCCCUCGGAUAUACAGGUAAACCCAUUAUCCUCUCCAGAAGUAUCUCCUAGGGCUUCCCUGGAUUAUAUACCGCCCAAUUGUUCCUUGAGGAAUAAUGUAGAUGUGAAGAGGAGUAAUUUGGCACCGAACGCUCUGCUAGCAUUGGCUGGUAAUUGUAAUACAGUCGAGAGUUCUAUUGUUACAAGUCCACCUAUUCUGCAUGACGGCGAGGACAGCUGCAGGGGCGAGAGCUGCGCCAGCUUCGAGUUCGUUACAAAACCGCCGUCUCUGCUGCGCACCGUCAGCACCAAUGGCACCAGAGGCGUACUGGCCUCGAAGAGGAUCCUCGACACGGACAAGGGCCGGUCUAGGGUCCUGAUCGACGGCGAUUCGGUGCUCGAGGGCAACAAAGUUGGCGCGAACUGCAAAAGGUCGCCCAGCUUCAAGGAGGUGGAGGAGAUCCGGCAGCUGCUGCGGGAGGAGGAGGGCAGGACGACGGUGAGCAGCGACAGGAGUUCAAAGAAGGAUGGUUGUUGCCAAACGGAUAAAAAGGAUCUGAGAAGCGUAAGGUUGAGUCCUACAGCCGGGUUGCGGGAGAAGUUAUCGCCCAUUGGGAAAAUUAGCAACAUUCCUUUUGAGAGGGAGAUUCAGAAACUUCUGGACGAGCAGAACCUGUUGCAGAACAUUCCUCCGAAGUUGGAACUCAAAGAUCUGGCAUUGGAGCCACUUGUGAGGUACAGCCCGUCGAACAACAACCACCAGGUGGGCCUGGCGGCCAUCCAGGCGCUGGCGAUGGGGCUGCGGGGCAGCGGCGCCCCGGGUGCCGCCCCCUCGCCGCGGGCCAGCAGCAAGGAGGGGUCGCUGAAGCGGGUGGCCAGCCCGCAGACGCAGGAGGCGGCCAAGCUGGCCAGAGUGUCGCCUCUCGACAGGUGUCCGCGAACUGUCGAAGAAGACAAUGACUGUGAUAUGGCCGAGGUUCCCCCUCGAGAAGACGAUACCGAUGUGGAAAGCUUCGAAAGGGAUGAAAAACGUAUGGAGGAAGAAGCAGCUCAGGAAGCCGAAGUGAAAAGGCUGCUCGAGGAAAAGAUCCAGGAAAAACUGCGCCGGCUGGAGCACGCGCUCUCCAGCAGCCCCCCUUUGCUGGAGACGGUGCGCGCUGCCCCCUUCGCCGAGGGCAGCCCCUCCGAGUGGUCGGAGGACGAGGACGGCGGCGCCUCGGAGCCGCUGCUCGACGACAGGGAGUCGGCGGGCUACACCACCGACGAUCCCGCCUUGGAGAACGUGUCGAUGCUGAACGAGACAGGGUUGACGGAUGCCGAGGGCGCCCUCAGCGACGUGAACUCCGCCUACAUCGACCACCACCACGAGGCCGACAUGGACGACAACACGAGCAUCUCGUCGCGAGCCUCCUCGCGCAUCUUCGAUUCGGACGCCAUGAUGUCGCUGGACUCGCUCAGCGCCCUCUACGACUCCGAGUACGACAACUGCUGCCGCACCGACGACGACCUCAACGCAGUGCCGGAGCUAGACAGGCUGGACUACUUCACAGGGCCCGUGAACGACGUACAUCUGGCGAACAUCCGGUCGAUGAGCGAGAGCAUCACGAGGAAUUUCGGCCAGCCGAGGAGCGACACGGAUCCUGACAGUGACGUUUGAGGUGGGUCGUCAGUCGUGUCAACGUGUUUGGAUUUCGCGCCGCGCUCUCUGAUUGGUGAGAUUAUGAUGCAACUUGUUCGCUUUUCGUAUCGCGUUUGAUGCACUCUUAUUGGUGACGCGUAUUGAGCUCUUUUCCAAGGUUAGUAGAUACUAACCUUGGCUCUUUUCUACCUUGAACGAGAGAGAGGAAAGUUCUCUUCUCUUCCAUUUUUCUCUUCGAUGCUACCAACGUGGCCGCACUGAUUGAAAUAUAGAGAGGAACGAUAAAUCUGUCCUUGUCUUAACAUCUAGUCUGCGCCACUGAACUAUUUUCGAUGUUAUAAUGAUGUGAUAUGUCUAUGUCAUAAAUGUCACACUUAUUUCGACAUCAUUUGUUGAUGUUGUUGAAUUUGUCUCUCUUUUGAAUUCAAAAUAGUUCAGUGGCACAAACUAGAUGUUAGCCAAACAAAGACAGAUUUAUCCGACAUCUCUAUAUUUCAAUGCGGCUACGUUGGUAGCAUCGAAAAAAAGGAUGGAAGAGGAGAGAACUUUCCUUUCUCUCGUUCAAGGAAGAAAAGAGCUCAAUUUAAGAAAGAGAAUGGCUAUUCAAAUGAUUCAAAUGAUAUCAAUUUCCAAAAUUCGCGAAAUUCACGAAGUGGGCGACAUCUAGGUUACAUAAUACGAACUUCAAACUGGGGGAAAACAAACUGUUGUCUAUGGAUAAACUACAUUGCAUUCAGCUUGCUGUAGCUGCAGUCAAACUUGUCAAUGACAUAAAGUGUUGGCACUGUUGGUAGUGAUGAUGGUUGAGAUGGUUGAUUUUUUUACAUUAUUACAUUUUUAUUAGCUUAGUGAACAGUGAACGGGUGAAAAAUUGGAGAUAGUUCGAACAAUUCAAACUAAUAAUGACGAGCAAAUCAAUUGACAUAUAAAAGAACAGCUACAACAUGUUUACAAUACCCAGAUUGUCCUGCUUUGCAUGAAAAAAUACAAAUCCAUUGUUCUACAGGAGUUCCUCUGGACCCCAACUUCAAUUUUACUUCAUGUGGAGAAGAUUUCAUCGCCGAAGUUUGUAGACAAAGUGCAAAAAUUUGCCUUUUGUUGAAGUCUUCUGCCUCACACAAAAUCACAUGAUUAGCACGGAGAACUGCUUCCCCUUUCACUACUGGUCAGCUUUUUCCAUCUAAAUAGAGCAAAAUAUCUGCCAAAAGAACAUCUACAACAGGCAUUAUUAGCGUUCUCGAUCGAAUAUUGACAAUUAAUGUCAAGAAAUUGAAAAACUUAUCACUCUUAUCUGUACACAGUACACAAGCUAAUGGCACUAAUGGGAUUGAGUGAGGAUUGACUUUGUUUUCCCCCAGUUUUGACGUGGCUUUGACAUGGAACGAUGAAAACCAAGCGCCACCUGGUAACAUUGAUUCCCGCGAAUACAGCAGCUUGAAAUUAUUAAUGGAGCAGACUAUGAGGUACUACCUUAGAUCUACUGACAUUUGAUAUUUGUCUAUGAUAAGUUUCUAGACUUAUUCACUUCACGCCUACGUACCCAAAAAUAAGAAUAAGAAGAAAGCUGUCAGUAUGGUCUAACCUCAAAGCACCAACAAAAAUGUAAACAGAAUACAUCUCACUCAGUAUGAUGUGAAUCAGAUUUACAAUCACUGUUGCCAGACUCGCUCAGAGGAAUUAAAAUAUCUCUUCAACCUUUCAAUAGGAAUUCGAAGAAGAAUGGUUAAACUCAAAACGAACCGUCAGCAUGAUUGUUACUCUGUAUAUAUUAUAUACCCAUAUAUUUAUAAUCGUCAAUUAUUAUGCUAUUUGAAUAUUUAUGUUUCGUCUAUGAUUCCCCUUUCAUCAGGUAUUCGGUAUACAAUUUAAAAAAAUAAUUAAAUUUCCACCCAUAAUAUUGGUUGAAUACGUCAUUUCAGAUACCAUUAUGAUGUUAGAGCGAAAUUUGAAAAUAUCCUGAUCCAUUAUCAUCGAUAAAUCUUGUAACGCUGUACUGGCUGCGAAAAAUAGCUCGCAUUUUUAGCUGUGUGUACAUGGCUUUUUGAAGUAGCUCGUUAUGAAAAUGGCGGAGGAGCCAAAACUAUAUCUUCACGAUUUUUUUCCGAAUGAAAAUUUGAUCAUACGAAACAAAUAAAAAAUGUGUGUUUAAUGAAUUCCCAUGAAAAAUACAGAGCAAUUAAAAUUUGAAUGUUGGAAAUUAGCUUAUUUCAUCAUUUUGUUUUGUUCCUAAUGAAAUUACCUGUUAGUGCCACUUUCAUUGGAGAAUAGAUACAGAAGUAUACUUAAGAUCCCAAAAUAAUUCUAAAUACGUAUUUAGGCAACCAAGUUGCAGGAAGCAAGAAAAUAAAGAUCACCUGACACCGGACUGACAGGACUCUAUAGGAGUCCCGAACGAUACCAUGACGUCAGUAAUCUUUUUCAGCUCGGUAUAAUGUGUCAUAAGCCAUAGGUACCCUCCUUGGGACGCUGACCAGAUAUUUUCCUUUAUUUCUGUAACGACUCGAUAUGAAAUGAUGAAUUACUUGACUUUUAUGCUGAAUUAAAAAAUUUCAAAAUUUUCUUCUGGAGUGUAAUAAACAAAGGGGGUUUAGUGUACUUUCAGGCUCAAAUUUUUUGUUAGCAAUUAUUUUCACAAAUCCACCACAAAUAUUGAAGAUUUUUAAAAUGUUUCAUUGAGGUAAUGCCCCUUCUCUACUAUGAAUCAGCAUUAUAAUAUACCAAGACAAAUGAUUGUAUAAAAACAUUAAAAAGUUGAGGCAUCAAAAUAUCAAAUUGAAUUUUUUUUCAUGAUAAUUUUUCAUGUUAUGCAUUUUUUUGGUCAUAUUAUUUCGUCUUCAAAUUGACUUUAUAUUGUCUAUUUUGAAUUGAACAAUUUGUCGAAAUCCAACAAGGAUACAUUUCUUCAUGAAAAAACAUCUAUGAUGAAAUUUAGAAAAGAAUUUAUUAGAAAUUAAAAAUGAGUAUCCCUGCAAGUUUGAGGAAUUUCUUACUCCCUAUUAUCAUCCUCUUACUCUCCAAAUUGUGAAAAUGAGAAUUUUUUAAAUAGCAUAUUCGGUAGCAAGUUAUCAACAGUUGGAUGUCACCCAAUAAAUUUGGUGAUUCACCUGUUGAGAAAGAAGUUUACCUCAUGCUGAAAUGUUUGAUGAUUGAAUGAUAACAUUGCCAUAUCAUUACCUCAAUUAAAGCUCUCAAACUAAAUCUGAACAUAAAUAACAUUUUAUUUGAUUCUUUGGUAUUUUCUCUCCUCAUUUCUAUAAAAUAGUUGAAAAGAAAAAUAACUCCAUCGUUCCAUAUGAUAUCUGAAUUCAGCAUCACCAUUAAGAGUGCAAGAUGAGCGACUCGAAGAAAAAACAUUGUAAACUCACCUUUACGGGACCAGGAGCGGGUUAGAGAGUGAUUUCGGGCGGUGCGAUAUUGGCCAGAACGGAAGAACCGUGUGACGGAGAAUUAAGGAACACUUGAAGUGCAUGUCAUCGGAACCUUUCUAUUUCUCUGAAAAUAUAUUGUCGGUGCCUGGUCUUGAACAAAUAAUGAUGAUAUGCAAGGGCAUCAGAGUCAUCAUUGUUAUACCUUCUGAUCUGAUACAACUGAAAACCACUUGUUGAAUAAAUGAUAUUAGAUAGUGGGGCAUGUUAUUAGUUCAGUGGUUAUGUCUGAUGAAGAGUUACCAAUGAUUAUCAGAUUAUAUUUUCAGUUGACAUAUCUGGUUCUGACAUUUGCAAUGUUCCAGAUUUUAAUUUACCGCUAUGACAUUUUUUUACGGUUUCCCUGCGAAUUGAAUGAUUUUUAAAAUAGUUAAUUUCCUGCCAUAUCACUUUUAUUUUCCAAGUGCCAAGUACCGAAUUCAAUUCAAAAUGAAAAUUACAACUACUAUGAAACUGUUCCCUACGUCAUGCAGUUUGCAUGAAACUUCAAUUAUGGGGUGACUGGACAUUUUUUCGAUUUUAGGUGUUCUUUUUCGUAUACAGACGACAUCACUCGUCUGAGAGCACUGAUUAUAAUAAUGUUAAUAUAAUGUAUUGUUGAAAUUAUGUGUUUAGAUUUCGGUAUCGACUAGAUUUGAUAAUUAUUUUAAUUCAGAACCAAGUAAUGGUGAAAUUUUGUGCCUGUAGGGAGGGUUUUGAAAAAUGUCUAUGAAUAUUUCGGGUGGAAACAACUAAAUCCCACUAUUGUUUUUCUUUUAUUUGUAUUAUUCCUCUAAACGCAUUGAAUAUACAGGGUCUCUAUUAAUGAUCGUAACAUCGUAGUGGCUGUUGACAUUU